UAUAAUUUUUCUCACUAUAUUUUCAUACAUACUCUCUUGUGCAUGUAUAAACAGGUACGAGCAUAUUUAUUUAGGUUAAAGCAUAAAUGUCACUUAUGCAGAAUUAAUCUUGCACCCUUAAAAAUUUGCUUCACAAUCGAUCCUUUUUCUCUUGUGUAUCUGCAUCACUGCAGGAACAUAUGUGUCCUACAGUGGCAAUGGAAAAGGAAAAUGAAGAAGCCCUACAAACCCAAUACCAAAAGGGAGUGAAACGGUUGUAUGAGAAAGGCAUUGACAAAAUUCCUGACAAGUAUAUAUUGCCUGUUCAGGAAAGACCCAAUACCACUCAAGCAGAACCUAGUGAGGUCUGCAGGGAAAAUAUUAAAUUGCCUAUAGUUGAUUUUGCUGAAUUGCAAGGCUCAAACCGUCCCCAGGUCCUCAAAUCCCUCGCUGAUGCUUGCAAGCAGUAUGGCUUUUUUCAGUUGGUAAAUCAUGGCAUUCCUAGCGAUGUUAUUAGUGGAAUGAUCGAUGCGGCUAAGAGGUUUUUCGAGCUUCCUUACGAGGAAAGAUCGAAAUACAUGUCAACAGACAUGAAAGCUCUAGUUCGAUAUGGAACUAGCUUUAACCAAAACAAGGAUAAUGUAUUCUGCUGGAGAGAUUUCUUGAAGCUAACGUGCUACCCUAUUUCAGAUGUCCUUCCUCAUUGGCCUUCUUCCCCUACCGAUUUCGGGAAAUUGGUGGCUACCUACGCAACAGAAACCAAAUACUUGUUUGUAAUGGUAAUGGAAGUCAUCCUAGAAAGCCUGUUGGGAAGCAACAAGACAGGAGAAGAUGAUGAAAUUAUGAAGGAUUUUCAAGAUGGUAGCCAACUAAUGGUGGUCAAUUUCUUCCCUCCAUGCCCAGAGCCUGAUCUCACAUUAGGAAUGCCUCCCCAUUCUGACUAUGGAUUCCUCACACUCCUUCUCCAAGAUGAAGUUGAAGGCCUGCAGAUUCAAUACAAGGAGAAAUGGUUCACAGUUGAACCAAUUCCCAAUGCUUUUGUUGUCAAUAUUGGUGAUCAUCUUGAGAUAUUUAGCAAUGGGAAGUACAAAAGUGUGUUACAUAGAGUAAAAGUGAACUCAGAAAAGAGUAGAAUUUCGGUGGCAACUCUGCAUUCUCUUCCUUUCAGGUGCAUGGUGAGGCCAUGGUCAAAACUCAUUGAUGAGGCCAAUCCAAGGCGAUACAAAGAUACAAAUUUUGCCACUUUUCUUAACUACAUAUCAUCUCAGGAGCCCAAGAAGAAGGAAUUCUUGGAAUCUAGGAAAUCGAUUUGAACAAAUUCCAUAUCAAAUCCAUAAUUAAAUAAUGUGUUAUCAAAUAAGCACCCCAAAAAAAAAAAAAGAUGUAAGCAUCAAUUAUAUAGCAAUGAUAUGUUUAGAAUGUAUUUUCCUUUUGUUAAAAAAAAGGUAUUUAUGUAGAUUGGGUUAAUGGUAAUGAUAAGUAUGAAAACUAGAGUUUAUAUCUCUCUAAAGGUAGCAAAUCCAA